GGGCUGAAACGUCAUCACGUCGCACUUAAACGUCAACACGUCGCGGUGGGGGGACUGGCGAGGUAAGAUGGCGGCGCCAGAGGAGCAGGAAUUAUCUCAGGCUCAGACUGAGAAACUCCUCCAGUUUCAGGACCUGACAGGACUGGAGUCAAUGGACCAAUGUCGCCGCACGUUAGAACAGCACAAUUGGAACAUUGAGGCCGCCGUACAAGACAGACUAAAUGAGCAGGAAGGAGUUCCGAGUGUCUUUAACCCGCCACCCUCCAGACCCUUACAGGUCAACACAGCAGACCACAGAGUGUAUAGCUAUAUAGUCUCAAGGCCACAGCCUAGAGGGUUAUUAGGUUGGAGUUAUUAUUUGAUAAUGCUCCCAUUCAGGUUUACGUAUUACACUCUUCUGGACAUAUUCAGGUUUGCCCUGAGAUUCAUUAGGCCAGAUCCACGGGGUCGUGUCACAGAUCCUGUUGGAGACGUUGUGUCCUUUAUUCAUAGUUUUGAAGAGAAAUAUGGGCGAUCACAUCCGGUUUUCUACCAGGGAACAUAUAGUCAGGCUCUGAAUGAUGCCAAACGAGAACUUCGCUACUUGUUAGUUUACCUUCAUGGCGAAGACCACCAGGACACUGAUGAAUUCUGCAGAAACACAUUAUGUACUGAAGAGGUACUCACCUUCAUCAACACAAGGAUGCUCUUCUGGGCAUGCUCCACUAGCAGGCCUGAAGGAUACAGAGUGUCUCAGGCCUUGCGGGAGAACACGUAUCCCUUCUUGGCCAUGAUCAUGCUGAAGGACCGCAAGAUGACAGUGGUGGGCCGGCUGGAGGGUCUGAUCCAGCCAGAGGAUCUCAUUAACCAGCUCACCUUCAUCAUGGAAGCCAAUCAGACCUAUCUGAUGUCCGAACGGCUAGAGAGAGAGGAAAGGAACCAGACACAGGUGUUGCGGCAGCAACAGGAUGAGGCAUACCUGGCCUCCCUGCGCGCAGACCAGGAGAAGGAGCGGAAGAGGAGGGAGGAGCAGGAGCAGAGACGGCAGGAGGAGGAGGCUGCCCGCCAGAGCGUUCUGGCUGAGGAGAGGAGACGCAGGACACUUGAAGAGGAAAAAGAGCGGAAGUCUGAGUGUCUGCCCCCUGAGCCGGCUCUGGACGACCCAGACAGCGUCAAAAUAGUGUUCAAACUGCCUAAUGACACACGUGUAGAGCGGCGGUUCCUCUUCUCUCAGUCUCUGACGGUAAUCUAUGACUUCCUGUUUUCCUUGAGAGAGACUCCAGAGAAAUUCCAAAUUGUAACGAACUUCCCGCGCCGGGUGCUGCCCUGUCUGCCCACAGAGGAGCAGCCAAACCCCCCUACGCUGAAGGAGGCCGGCCUGAGCCGGUCAGAGGUCCUAUUCGUGCAGGACCUCACAGACGAUUGACAUUUAGCUCAACUCCCUAUUCCUUGCAUACGACUUCACUCAUCCCCUCCAGCCCCGUUUUUCUUUUCAGUUCUGUGAAACGGCCACUGUGUACAAGGGAUCACUGAAAUUUCCUUUAAUUCAAUUAAGGAUCCGACCCACCCUCCCCACAGGUAACAUCUUAUGUAAGCUGAGUGCAAGAUAAACGGCCCUGUAAAUAUGACCUAGAUAUUUAAAGAGAAGCCUGAAUACAGUCCACAAUACUUUUUUUUUGUUUUGUUUUGUUUUUUUAACGCAAAUCAAAGUCGACCAUAUAAUGUAUCUGCCAUACAAUGACCAAACGAGAGCUGAUUGAAGUAUCUGACAUAACAAAUUGACUUCACCAGGGGAUAAAAAAAGGCCACAGCUUUUCUAUGUGGCUCUGUAUCUAUAGUAGUAAAGUCUGCCCAUAGUGUGCCUGUGGUAACUCAUGAAUGCCUAUUUUGCCCAUCUUCCAUCUGACUGGGCUGGUCAUGUAAAGAUGUAAUUUUCCAAUUCUAAAUUAAACAUUUUAAAAUGUC